UUCAGUUUUUGAAGUUAGUUGUCAUCGGCGGCUGGAUUGUAGCUGGAUUUGUGGCGUUAAAACGCAUAAUAGGACGGACAGAGCUGACUUCUGAGCACGAACCGAGCCAGAGUCACUUUUUAUCAGGUGCUUGAGCUUCAGUGUCGGAGAAUUGAUGCCCAAACGGCCAGCUGCGGAUGUCCCCUGUUUACUAAACGUGCUCUAGGCGCUAAAGUUUUUGUAUGAGUUGAACGCUCUGCCUGUGGAUAACGGGAGGGAGAGCAGGGAAGGCCCGGUGAAGCCUCGGCUUUGGAGUGGUUAUCAUGGCAGGAAAUUUUGACGCGGAGGACCGUGGUAGUUGGUACUGGGGUCGGUUGAGCAGACAGGAGGCAGUGUCUCUGUUGCAGGGGCAGAGGCAUGGCGUGUUUCUGGUUCGGGACUCCAUCACCAGCCCCGGCGACUACGUGCUUUCGGUGUCAGAAAACUCCAAAGUCUCGCAUUACAUAAUUAACAGCAUCAGCAACAACCGACAGUCUGGUCCAGGUUUGGCCCAUCCAAGGUUCCGUAUCGGCGACCAGGAGUUUGACGCAUUACCUGCUUUGCUAGAGUUCUAUAAAAUCCACUACUUGGAUACCACCACCUUAAUAGAACCCAUCAACAAAUCUAAACACCCCACUUUAAUGAUUGCUGGCCCCGGUGGAGGCCCCCCACCACGCCUGGAGGAUGAGUAUGUUCGGGCACUUUUUGAUUUCCCCGGCAACGACGAUGAGGAUCUCCCGUUCAGGAAAGGUGAUAUCCUCCGAGUUCUAGAGAAACCAGAGGAGCAGUGGUGGAACGCCCAGAACUCGGAAGGCCGCACAGGGAUGAUCCCAGUGCCGUACGUGGAGAAGUACCGACCAGCAUCCCCCAGUUCAGUGGCGGGGUCUAGCAUGUCCGGUGCUGUGCCUGGUGGGAUGGGGAUGCUGGGGAACUCUGACGGCUCUGCAGGACCGUCUGGCGCUCCACUGCUGGGAGACCCCAGCCAGUACGCCCAGCCCACACCCCUCCCAAACCUCCAGAACGGACCUGUCUAUGCCAGGGCAAUACAGAAGAGGGUGCCUAAUGCCUAUGACAAGACAGCCCUGGCUCUAGAGGUGGGCGACAUGGUGAAGGUGACCAAAAUCAACGUGAACGGCCAAUGGGAGGGGGAAUGCAAAGGCAAGCGCGGCCACUUUCCCUUCACGCAUGUCAAACUGCUGGACCAGCACAAUGCCGAGGAUGAGCUCAGCUGAGAGCGGACCGCCGGGCCUCUACCUGGACACUAGUGGUAGACCCUUCCUCGCCCCUCCUUCCCUCCCUCCCUUUGCCUCAUUCUACGUCCUCUCCCCACUUCACCUCACAGCUCCAGCUUUUAUCUGCACCAAGUACAGUUUCAGAGAAUCACUGAGAACAAAACUGGCCCUCACUAGACUUGUAAUGCACAUACCCUCCAUUUCUAGCCUCUCACGUAGUCACAGUUACCCUGCGCAUCCCCCACCUACCCUCACUUACUGACAGACUGAAUUCGGUCAUCUACAGUGGAACAGAUACAAAGUGACUCGGCUGUUCUGUGGAUCAGGCGACACCCUUUAGAACCUUCCCUCCAUUGUAGACACAUUAUCAACACUCACUCCUCGGGAGACUCCUUGGCGCAGAGUUCAACCACUUCCUCUUCCUGUGUCGGAGCCUGUAGAUAACUGCUGUUGUUUCUUCAUCUGUCAUCAUGGAACACUGUGGGGUCACUUGUGCUGCAUUGAUGUCGGAUGGGAAUCCCGGCAGCAAUCCCGGUUUUGUAUGUGCUUAGUCUUAGAGGACAGUAGGCAACCCUCUCAUUUCCACACGGUGAAUAUGAAGGUGGAGAUAGUUAGCUUUCAGCCGGUUGCCAUUAGCAUGAAGGAGAAGGGAAACAGCUACACACUGAACAGGUUUCUUUGAAGUUUAGAAUUAAACAAAGAGCCUGAUCAGAGCAGCACAGUCAAACAUGGCUCCAUUUUUUUUUCUUUUCUUCUACAUUUUCCUUCAUAUUGGACAUGAAUACAGCACUAUUCUGUGUUACCCACAACUCCAGUGUGAUCAAAAACAGCAGCAACAUUUUAGAAAAGAGAUUUAACUGAUCUCCGUGGGAAAUGAUUGAGCUCGGUUUUGAGGCUUGCUGUUCUCGAGGAAAAGACCCAGUCCAACACUCACUUUACCCUCCUGCCUGGUGUCAAACAGAGAACUGAAUGAAGACCAGCAGCUCGGAGCAACUUCAUGUAGCUAUAGCCAUAGUUCUAGCCCCAGCAGCCAAGCAGAGAAGCUGCGAGACUGUCGAGGAGGUGGAGGCGAUAAAGGCAACACUACAUUCUCUCACUUCAAUUACCUAUCCAGCAAUCACCUAUGACCAAGUACCACCAAGUAGUCUUUUUUUGUAAGAAAAAAUAAGAACAUACUGUUAUGAAAUGACGUACUAUGUGAUUAUCAUUACAUGAUAAAUAUUGAUUUAUUUUUUUUGUUUGUUUGUUUGUUUGUUUUUGUUAUUUUGUAGUUUUCUUCAUAGCUGGUUUAGUACCAAGGGGCGAAACACUUUUUACUGCUGCAUGUUGGGAGGGAGCGAAGGGUGCAAAAUGAACGAACUGACUUUUGGGGGAGGGACGUCUGCCCCCCACCCAAGCCCCUCACAGGGCCAUGGUGUUCUCAUUCUGCGUGUGAUGUACAUGAUUGAACAGAGUGAAUGUAGACUGUCCACUAUACUAGUUAGUACUGUCUUUACAUGUUAGUGCUCUCCAUUCAGCUCACAGGAUUCACUGUAACAGAACUGACUCCGUGUUCAGAUCUUGUCAAGUGUGUCCAAGAAAAGAGAAAGUGGUGGAAAUAUUUGAUCCCUGGCCGUUUUUUGUUUUUAACCUUUUAACUAUGUUGUUGCCAUCUUCCACUAGUGUGCUCUUUUAAUCCUCAGGCUUAUGGGCCUUUGUUUCAUUUGUGUUUCCUCAGUUAAUCCUUUUGUCAGUCUUUAAUUUAAAGCCCUUUAAGUUACAAUGCACAAGCCAAAUCUGCUUUACUGCUUUGUUCCUCUCUCUAUUUUCUUUAUUUCCCACAUUCUAAGUAGUGGUCUAGAUUGCCUUUUCCCCCCUCUCUUUGUGAAAUUGAAUUGGUUUUACUUGUUGACACCUGACAAUCAUCCCCAUCAUUUAUCAAAAUGCAGACUGGCUUGGAUUGAAGCCGGCUGGGCGUGCGGCUUAAACCUUUACCAGAGUUAACCUGCUCAACUUUGAAUUUGAUCUGUGAGAACUUGAUUUCUCUUCCAUGUGAAGGGUUCUUCUCAGAUGCCAUGGUACAGUGUUUCUGGCCAGCUCCUUGAGCAGCCUUUAGGUGGCACUGUGACAGCACUCAGAAGGGGGCUCCAUGCUGAAAGUGAAAUCCUCCAGUGUUUGAGAUUAAAGGAGAUGAAACUAGAUUUUAUCUGAUGGAUUCUGCAUUGAUAUUUGUGCUCUUUAGAUUGACAUUACUCGUUGCUUCUCUGUCCUCAUAGUUCUUCCCAAUAUCUUCAGUCUCGCUUUCAGAUUUCAUUUUUGUGUUGGCCAUAUCCAGCUUCAAUACUGUAAUAUUUCCUAUUUAAAGAUAUUACUAAAAGAUAAUCUGGUCGAUGAAAUUGCAUUCAUCUUUGCUGCCAGCUUUCUGAUAAGGUUAAUUUUUAUCUGUAAUUUUGAUCAAAUCUGACUUCUAUGUCACUCAUACUGCCUAUGGCAGGUGCUUAGCUACAUAAAUCAUUACCUUUAUAAAUUGUGUUGCCAAUGAAACCACCAAGAAGUAUUUUUUUAGUAGCCCUGCAUGAAGUCAUUCAUUUCCUUUCAUGCAAAGGAAGGGGUGGCAAAACAGCAGUGGUAAUUGUGUUAAUAUCAAAAUGUGCCAUUUUAUUAUAACACUAUAUUCUUUCAGGACAAAUUACCUUUUUAUUUUCUGUAGCAUGUAAUGUGUUAAUAUACUAGUAAAUAAAGUCAAACCCAUGACAAAUGA